CCGCCCAGCCAGCUCCUGCGCCUUUGUUCCCAUGCGCCGCAAGAAACCCCACGUCCUCCCGUCCAGCCCCAAGAAUCUCCUCUCUCUCUCUCUCCCCCCAAGCUCCCGUCGUCUUCGUCUUCGUCUUCUUCUUCCGUCUCUCUCGCUCGCUCUCUAGUGAGGUGAGGCUGAGUGAUGGCGUGGGGUGCUUGCGCCGUGAAUGCCGUCGCUCUGCUGGUGGUGAUGGUGGUGGCGGUGGUUCUUGCCGGAGGUGGUGGUGGUGGCGUGCAUUGCCUGGAGGCGAAGAGGAGCAGGAGAGAGUUGCAGCAGGGGAGGUACCACCUGAGGUCAAGAGCAGCGAGUGGCGCCACCAUACUGGAGCUGAGGCACCAUGGCGGCGGCUACUCCAGCUCCGGGAAGAGCAGGGGGAGGAGCAGGGAGGAGGAGGUCGGGGGCCUCUUCUCCUCCGACGCCGCGCGCGUCUCGUCGCUGCAGCGGCGCGUCGCUGCUGCCGGCGGAGGCGGCGGCGGCGAGCAGGGGAUGAAGGUCGGGUCUUGGGCGGAGGACGAGGCGGCGACCUCCAGGGCGGAGGGGCGGGUGCCCGUCACCUCCGGCGCGAGGCUCCGGACGCUGAACUACGUCGCCACCGUCGGGCUGGGCGGCGGCGAGGCGACGGUGAUCGUGGACACGGCGAGCGAGCUCACCUGGGUGCAGUGCGCGCCGUGCGCGUCGUGCCACGACCAGCAGGACCCGCUGUUCGACCCGUCGUCGUCGCCGUCCUACGCCGUGCUGCCGUGCAACUCCUCCUCCUGCGACGCGCUGCAGGUGGCCACCGGCUCGGCCUCCGGGGCGUGCGGCGGCGGCGACCAGCCAUCCUCCUCCUCCUGCAGCUACACCCUCAGCUACCGUGACGGCUCCUACUCCCAGGGCGUCCUGGCGCACGACAAGCUGAGCCUCGCCGGCGACGUCAUCGACGGCUUCGUGUUCGGCUGCGGCACCAGCAACCAGGGGCCAUUCGGUGGCACCUCCGGGCUGAUGGGGCUAGGCCGGAGCCAGCUCUCACUGAUAUCACAAACCAUGGAUCAAUUCGGUGGUGUCUUCUCCUACUGCCUGCCUCUCAAGGAGUCUGAAUCAUCAGGAUCUCUCGUCCUCGGCGACGACACCUCGGUGUACCGGAAUUCAACCCCAAUUGUGUACACAUCCAUGGUUUCUGACCCAUUGCAAGGACCCUUCUACUUUGUUAACCUGACCGGGAUCACCAUUGGAGGCCAGGAGGUUCAAUCUUCAGGGUUCUCGGCUAACAAAGUCAUCGUCGAUUCGGGAACGAUCAUCACGAGCCUCGUGCCUUCGGUGUACAAUGCAGUCAAGGCAGAGUUCUUGAGCCAGUUCGCGGAGUAUCCGCAAGCGCCAGGGUUCUCCAUUCUUGACACUUGCUUCAACUUGGCAGGGUUCAGAGAAGUGCAGAUUCCCAGCCUGAAGUUUGUGUUUGAGGGCAAUGUGGAAGUGGAGGUGGAUUCCAGUGGAGUGCUCUACUUUGUCAGCAGUGAUUCUUCCCAGGUGUGCUUGGCUCUGGCCUCACUGAAAUCUGAAUAUGAAACUUCAAUCGUCGGUAAUUACCAGCAGAAGAACUUGAGGGUCAUAUUUGACACUCUAGGAUCUCAAAUUGGGUUUGCUCAAGAGACUUGUGAUUAUAUUUGACAUGAUUUGGAGGGGGGAAGGGGGGGCAUGAGCUAUGUGAAUAUCCCUAUACCUGGAAAUCUGUUUUGAGAUUACCUCUGGUGAUUGGCAAUGGUAGUACAGUAUUAGUUAUUGUCAAAUGUACAAGCAUCUAUAAUUGCUUUGUCCGUUUUUCUUUGCUGUUUCUUUGUGCUUCAUCCUAGAUUAAUAUCUUUGCAAGAAGCAAGUGGAUUUUUUUGGUUCUUCUUGUUUCAUUAGCUCCUAACUCUGUUGUAAUUCCAGAUCCUAUAGUAGAACAUCCAAUGCAUAUUGGCAGCAAGAAGCACAAUACCAACUUGUAAUUUAGAGGAAAAGCAGUAGUGCUUAUGAUUCUUUUUAAUGAAAGAAAUUAAGCACAAGUGAG